AUGCUGGCCCGGAGGAAGCCGGUGCUGCCGGCGCUCACCAUCAACCCCGCCAUCGCCGAGGGCCCGUCCCCCACUAGUGAGGGCGCCUCCGAAGCACACCUGGUGGACCUCCAGAAGAAGCUAGAGGAGCUAGAGCUUGACGAGCAGCAGAAGAAGCGGCUGGAAGCCUUCCUUACCCAGAAGGCCAAAGUCGGCGAACUCAAGGACGAUGACUUCGAACGGAUCUCUGAGCUGGGAGCCGGCAAUGGCGGAGUGGUCACCAAGGUCCAGCACAGACCUUCGGGCCUCAUCAUGGCCAGAAAGCUGAUCCACCUGGAGAUCAAGCCGGCCAUCCGGAACCAGAUCAUUCGAGAGCUGCAAGUGCUGCACGAGUGCAACUCCCCAUACAUCGUGGGCUUCUACGGGGCCUUCUACAGCGACGGCGAGAUCAGCAUCUGCAUGGAGCACAUGGAUGGUGGCUCCCUGGACCAGGUGUUGAAAGAAGCCAAGAGAAUCCCCGAAGAGAUCCUGGGCAAGGUCAGCAUCGCGGUUCUGAGGGGCCUGGCGUACCUCCGAGAGAAACACCAGAUCAUGCACCGAGACGUGAAGCCGUCCAACAUCCUCGUCAACUCCCGAGGGGAGAUCAAGCUGUGUGACUUCGGGGUGAGCGGCCAGCUCAUAGACUCCAUGGCCAACUCCUUCGUGGGGACGCGGUCCUACAUGUCUCCGGAGCGGCUACAAGGCACCCACUACUCGGUGCAGUCAGACAUCUGGAGCAUGGGCCUGUCCCUGGUGGAACUGUCCAUCGGAAGGUACCCCAUCCCCCCGCCGGAUGCCAAGGAGCUGGAGGCCAUAUUUGGCCGGCCCAUGGUCGAUGGUGCAGAAGGAGAACCUCCCAGCAUCUCGCCGCGGCCGAGACCCCCCGGACGCCCCAUCAGCGGUCACGGGAUGGACAGCCGGCCGGCCAUGGCAAUCUUUGAGCUGCUGGACUACAUCGUGAACGAGCCUCCUCCCAAGCUGCCCAACGGUGUGUUCACCCAGGACUUCCAGGAGUUUGUAAAUAAAUGCCUAAUUAAGAACCCAGCUGAGCGAGCGGACCUGAAGAUGCUCAUGAACCACACCUUCAUCAAGCGGUCCGAGGUGGAAGAAGUGGAUUUUGCUGGCUGGUUGUGUAAAACACUGCGGCUAAACCAGCCCAGCACGCCCACACGCACUGCCGUGUGA